AUGGAUACAGGUGGUCAAUCUGCCGCAGACGGCAUGGCCGACAUCAUCCAUGCUCUGGAGGUCUCCCACAGUCCCAUGUCGUCGAAUGCACUGCGGGCAGAAGCCCUUCAAUUUCUUGAAUCGAAAAAGCAAGAUGAACAUGCGGCGCCUACAGGGUUUCUACUUGCCUCGGAUGUCAACAAUUCGCCACUCAUUAGGCAUUUUGGACUUUCAUUACUCGACCAUGUCCUACUGCAUGCGGGGUUUGCUUUAGCAAGCAAUCAAAUCAUGGAGCUUAAGGAGAUGAUCAUGGAACUGUCUCGAAGAAUACAACAAACGGAUCCUAGCUACUACCGCAACAAGGUUGCUCAGCUCUGGACCGAGGUGGCAAAGAGGAGUUGGGGUAUCGAUUGGAACAGCAUGGACCAAGAUCUGUUUAACUUGUGGAACGGCAGUGCUCUCCAUAAAGAACUCGUCCUAUCAAUCCUGGAAACUCUCUCAGAGGAUAUAUUCUAUCGAGAGGAUACUGCUUCGUCGCUAAGGGGUACGGACUUGAACAGGGCGUUGGUCGAAAUAUUCACACCACUUGCUGUGUUUCAAGAGACGUUUCCAGAAAGAGAACACCAUAGACAGGAGAUUCGAUAUCUUGAUGAUGGAUGGCUUUCCAGGAUAUGCAUUCUCAUAAAUGAGUGUCUUGGCAGCGUCAACACCUCACGCGAGGCGAAGGACUGCACAUUGAAGGCUCUUGCGGUACUAAGGUCUGCGCUGGUUUGGUCUAUACCAAAAGCUAUCAUAACAUGCGAUAUCGUUACAACAAUAUGCCGCACCCUCACUUCACAAAUUGAACAUAUUCUUCUGGCCGCUAUAGAAGCCUUACAUUCUUUGUACAGCAGAUCUAAUGUCGAAGUUGAUGAAUUUGCGCCUUUGGUAGAGCAGAUUUACAAUGUUGACCAUCUGGUGCUGUUGAGACGGUUAUAUGAGUGGGCUGCAGUUGAUGCUACCGACAUUGACGAGACAAGAUACAAUAUAAGUAAAAAAGUGUCAGAACUUAUGUCUUAUGCGGCCUCCUUCUUAGAAGAUAAAGAUCUUGAUUUGCAGAGCGCCUCUCGCACCGACAUACCUUUUCUCUUCGAGUUCCUGAUUGAAAUCCUCCGACACCAGAGUCUGACUGUCUCAAUUCCGGUGUUGCAUUCCUGGUCACGACUACUUACAGCGGAGAGAGUUGAACAAAUGGACUUUGUUGCACGUUUGAUUGCCCCCUUACUUGAAAUCUGCACUCAACGGCUAGUGCGGUGGGAGAAUCUUCCAGAGGACUCGGAAGAUCCCACUAUCCUCUUCCUGAACGACGAUAUAGAUACGAUCCCGGAGCGACACGCAUUUGUUGGCAACUAUCGCCGCUAUUGUUCUACCGUGAUAGAGGUCAUCGUCCAGAAACGGCCGUAUGAAGCUGUUCCACAUAUUCUUUCUGAUGUGAACCAAAAUCUCAGCAAUCUUUACAAUGGCGUUCAGCCCUUCAGUGUGGCAACAUUUCAGAAAGCAUCGUUUCCACUUAUGCGUGCUGAUACUCAAUUUUCGGUGGUUGAAGCAACUCUAAAGGGUUAUCAGAAGUGGAUUAUAGCGCAUGGUCGCAGCCCCCAAGAAGAUGAACAGCAGCGAACUCAGCUCGAACAAGCGAUUGAGAAUUGGGCCAUGAGUUUGAUGCAAAGGAAUUUCGAGGACCCCAUACUCAAACAAAGAGUCAUUAGACUCGUUGUUGACAUAUCUUCAAAAGCUCUCGACAAAACACCAAGCUUUGCACUGAAAGUUUUGGAACAUAUUUUGAUGACCCAUCUGGAAGACCAACCACAAUACCCAGCUUACUCGGAUGCGGUUAGGGAGCUUCACAGUCUCGCGAGUCACGAAUUACGUAGACUGUCAAUGCGCUAUGCGGAUUACUUCUUCACAUUUUAUGAUGUCCUAGAGCCCAAGAUACGGGAGAUUGCGGCAGCACAUCAGCUAGACGACAAGCUGCAGACCGAGUUGAUUUCGGUCUUGUUAAUCAUCACACAACGUACAAAGAACGUUGAUCCUCGUGUUCGUGAGGAAAGGCUCAACUCUUUCAUGGAACCUGUUCGAACUGCUUGGCAAAACGAAGAAUUCAGGAACAUGUCGUCUUCCUUCAAUGGAUUCUGCGAGCUUCUUGGUCUGGAGAAAGUAGGCCCAUACAUGCAAAGCAAACAAGCUGCAACUAUCGAAGAUUGGUCGGCUGUACCGCUUGAUAGCAUAGGGAAAGAUAUUCAAGGAGAACUUGCGAGACGAUUUCAGCAACUACCUUUGCGUGGAACGAAAACUCUACUCGCUGUUUCCACAGAAAAACUCAAGCGAACGGAUCCUGCGUAUGAACUUGGAUGUGCUCUCUGGCGGAAUGUGAUACCUACAAUCCUGCCUACUUUGUUACAGCUAAUCGGCCAUGCACAUGCCUUUCACAAUCCCUCGAACUGGAGUAGCCUUUCUCAAGAUAUGAUGGCCGUGGUUGGUCAGAUACUCACGGAUCGAUUUUGGCAAGCCGGAAUUUCGACAGGAAGUCGAGAUGACUUUUAUACCAAGAUCACUACUUCGAAAGCUACUUUAGAAGGCUUUGCUUCAUCGGUUCGAGGCAAAGUUAGAGCUGUGCGAGAGUCCUGUUACUCAAUGCUCUUCAGUAUGAGUCGACUACGACAAUAUUUCUACGGCUUUGAGGAACUACCCGGACCCUUGUCAGAGGCACUAUUCAAGGAUUCAACUCAUUUAUCGUCGCAUCAAUUUUCAAUUCUGCUGAACAUUUCUCGUUGUCUCAUUGAUGACUGUCCGGUCCAGUACCGAGAACAUUUCCUACCACCAAUGAUCAGUACAUUGUUCAAGCAAGUUGACAAGAAGGUCACGGAAGAGUGGGACAAUAUAGAGCAACGCAAGACUGGCCUCGUUGACGGAGAUUUGACAGAGGAAAUGAAGGAUGAAAGCAUCCUUCGGCAGCUGACAUAUUCCGCGGUUAUCAUGGUAGCUAGUCUACUGGACCCUCAAAGAGGUGAUCCAGAUGCAGCUACCAGCGAUGAUCCAAGCGCACCACAACCGCCGGUAUCUCUGGAAACUUCCAUGAGACACUUUGUUCUCUCUAACCCUACGAUAUUGGAGCCCGUCUUCAUGUUUUGCACUCAUGCCCUACGCAUGCGAGACACCAGAUGCGGGAGCAUCAUUACUCGAGUCCUUCGUUCUAUUCUUGUCGACUUUGCACCUCCGGUCAAUACUCCCACAGCAAUUACCAUUCGAGAAUUUAUCUCCACAGAGGUCCUUCGCGCAUGCAUUACAUCGGUUCAUGAGCCAUAUUUUGUCGAUAUGCAACGAGACCUUGCAACACUUAUUGCAUCAAUAUGGGUACUAUAUGGCUCCAGUACAACCACGCCGCGGUCGGUCAUGCUAAGUCUUCCCGGCAUGCACGAGCAGCGCGUAGCUCAAACCGAGACGGCUCUGAUGAGCUCAACAUCCGGCCGUCAACAACGCGCCCUUGUUUUGGAUCUCCUCGAAGGGUUGCGCGGGGUUAGUAUCUCGGAGCAAGGAAAGAUCCUCGGCACACGAGAAGAGCGUCGGAAGGCUCGUAGCGCAAUGCAACAGCGGUACAUGUCAACAGCCCCCCCGGAUAUGGAGGGACAACAGAAAACAAAAGUCAAUAUCGAUGAUGGGCCUGAUCUUGGUGGUUUAGCAGACAUGUUUGGUUAG